AUGAGCGCUUUCUUGAUCCUUUUUUUGAAGCAGCACGAUCCAAAUAAGAAAGCUGAUGAUGCACCGCAUCGAGCGCGACAGAAAAGCGGUUACUGGAAGGACCUUGUCCUGGUAGCACAGCAAAUUAGGUUGUUUCAGUCAAGGUUCGGGCUCCCGAACGAUCGUCUUCCAACUGAAUAUGAGCUCCGAAGGCACGGAUAUAACGGAGGUCAUACGAUUCUCCGAGCACUUCGAUUGCACGGUGGUAAACGGGCGUUUCUGCAGAAACUUGCGCGUUUAGACGAUCCAGAGGCAAAGGCGCCGUUCGCCUCCUGGCAGGAGGCGAGUCCGCAGCGAAAAGUUUCAGAUGCUCGUCGGGUCGCUCGGUCUCUGAAACCAGAGUUGGAAGGACUUGCUCGGAAGCUCGGGUUACCUGGAAAGACCCUUCCGAACUUGUCUUUGAUCCGUGAAUACGAGCCGCUUCUGGCCAACGUCAUUUGCAGUACGCCGGGCGGCUAUGCCGCUAUUGCUCGCGAACUGAACUGUUGCAUUGAGCAGCAAAAGCCGGUCAGCUGGGCGAGCAUGCGUAGAUUAAAGCCUCUGCCUCUCCAAGAGCUGAAACGGGAGCUCUUGAAAUUCAUCGCGGAGCGAACGGUCACGCCGGGCGUGAUGCCCCCGGAGCGUAUCCUGGCAAAGGCUGGACGCUUCGACUUGAUUAUUUCCAUAGAGUACCACGGCGGCAGUCGAGCAGUGGCUGAAAUAUGCGAGCUUCGUGACUCUGCCAGCUGGGAAUACGUGCUGGAAAUGCGUGAUCUGUUGCGAGAAUUGCGUGCCUAUUUGAACCUUGCCAAUAAGGGCAACGAAAUGCCGAGCAUCGCUGAACUCCAGCGACAAGGCCGUGAGGAUCUCGCACGACUCAUUCGACGACACGGGGGUCCGCUCGUGUUUGCAGCGAGGUUCGGGCUGUAUGUGCCUCCUUCUCGCAGAAGGCGAGAGGCGGAUCUGAAAUGGGGCCCGUUCUCCCUGGCGCUUGCCGUCCGGCUCCUGGAUGCCUGUUACCAGCGGGGCAGAGCAGUCGAUGGAAUCCCUGAACUCCCGCCUCUAUCCGAGUUGGAUCUUGAGCUGCAGACCGAGAUUGCCGAGUACGGAGGACCAGAUACGGUUGCCCGUCGCCUCGGAUUGGCGUUUGCACGUCCAGACGGAGCGUCUGGCACCUUGCGUGAGGAUCACUGCUGA